GGACAAGGAAUUGGGAGAUUCUUUUGUUGAGUUGAUGCAAGAGGCUCGGGAAUUAUGUUUUCAAAAUGAAAUCAACGUUCUGGAGUUGCCUCCUUCAUCACUUUGUUUUUAUAGAGAUUGGGUGGCCCCCAAUAGGCCUCUCAUUAUUAAAAACGCUUUAGGUCACUGGAGAGCUUUAAGCAAAUGGACUAAUGACUAUUUGAGGGAUCAGAUAGGUGGAAAGGAAGUUACCGUCUCUGUGACUCCAAAUGGGUAUGCAGACAGUGUGGUCGGCGAUCGGUUCGUGAUGCCUGAAGAACGUCGGAUGAAAUUUGUGGACUUCCUUGAUAUUAUGCGGCAUCCCACUCGUCACUCGGGUGUAUUUUAUAUACAAAAACAAAAUUCAAAUUUUUCUGAAGAGUUCAAGGAGUUGCUUUCUGAUGCCGAGUUGCACAUCCCUUGGGUUACGGAUGCACUAGGCAGAUGGCCCGAUGCCGUUAACAUGUGGAUGGGAGACAGUCGAGCUGUGACGUCAAUGCAUAAAGAUCAUUAUGAGAAUAUUUAUUGUGUAGUGAAAGGCGAGAAGCAAUUUAUUUUGCAUCCUCCCACUGAUGCACCGUUUAUUCCAUAUGACUGGUAUUUACAAGGACGGUACAAAGAAGUGGGUGGAAAGUUUGAUAUCAUUAGUGAACCGGGAGAGAAAGUACCAUGGAUUUGUAUCGAUCCAUUGAGUGAUCUGUCAUCGUCCCAUCGUUUAUACAAAGUCGUUAAACCGAUUGUGUGUACUGUGCGUGCAGGCGAGAUGCUAUAUUUGCCAUCUCUUUGGUUUCACCAUGUACGACAGAGUCAUGCCUGCAUUGCAGUCAACUUCUGGUACGACAUGGAUUACGACGUUAAAUACAAUUAUUUUCAGUUUGUAUCUAAGCUAUCGCAACUUUGGCAAUUGCAACAUAAAUAAAGAUUUUGAGUGAAUUAAAAGUGUUCUUAGUACUUGUCAUUAUCUCAAA